AUGUCUCUCAAGGUCGUCGUCCUCGCCUGCGUAGCCGUCGUCGCUCAGUGCGACAAGGCCCCAGUCCACGCCCCUCUUCCCAUCGUCUACACCCCUAGACCUGCUUACCACGCCCCUACACCUUACCACGCCCCUGAACCCGCCUACCACGCCCCCGAACCCGCUUACCACGCCCCCGAACCCGCCUAUCACGCCCCUGCACACUACGAGCCCGAAUACCCUGAUGUCCCACCCAAGUACAACUACAACUACGGCGUCGCUGACGGUUACUCCGGCGCCAACUUCGGCCACACUGAGUCCCGCGACGAGCAUAUUCUCUGUCCUGUUGACGAUUAG